AUGACGACCGGGACAUCCCUCGCGCUGGCGGGCAGCUUCUUCGCGGCCAAGAACAAGUAUGUGGACGACGAGAACAUGAACGCCGUGCUCACAGGAAGGAGUUCCGGCAAGCGACGAGAUUACGAAUGGCAGAUUGUGUGGAGAAAUGUUCUAGCGUUCGUAUAUCUGCACGUCGGUCUUAUCUACGGUUCCUAUCUCAUUUUCACCGGCAAUGUCAAACUAUGGACACCUAUCUUUGCGGUAAUAUUCACGCUCCUGUCCGCCAUUGGUGUGACCGUGGGCGCUCACCGACUAUGGGCGCACCGCGCGUAUAAGGCGCGCUGGCCCAUGCGCCUGGUGCUCGCCUUGCUCCAGACCAUGGCCUUCCAGAACCACAUCUACGAGUGGGUCCGGGAUCACAGGGUCCACCACAAGUACACGGAGACAGACGCGGACCCGCACAACGCGCGGCGAGGGUUCUUCUUCUCCCACAUCGGCUGGCUCAUGGUCCGCAAGCACAAGGAGGUGUUCGAGAAGGGCGCCCAGAUCGACAUGUCCGACCUUGAGAAGGACCCCAUCGUCAUGUUUCAGAAAAAAACGUAUCUAGUGGUGAUGCCUAUCCUGUGCUUCCUGCUGCCGUCGUGGAUACCGGUGUACUGCUGGGGCGAGGACCCGUGGACCUCGUGGUACGUGGCCUCCAUUUGGCGGUACACGCUCUCGCUCAACUUCACGUGGCUGGUCAACUCGGCGGCGCACAUCUGGGGGAACAAACCUUUUGACAAAAACAUAGGCGCCACUGACAACGUGACCGUGGCCAUCUGCGCGGUCGGCGAGGGCUGGCACAACUACCACCACGUGUUCCCGUGGGACUACAAGGCGGCAGAGCUCGGCAACUACCGCACCAACAUCUCCACGGCUGUUAUCGACUUAGCAGCUAAAUACGGUUGGGCGUACGAUUUGAAGACCGUCUCCGCUCAAAUGAUCAAGAACAGAGUGGCGCGGACAGGAGACGGGAGCCACCCGUCGGUGCAAGAGACCAAGCAGGUGGAAGAGGACCACGACCACGCCCACCCCGAGAACCCCGUGUGGGGCUGGGAUGACAAGGACAUGCCAGAGGAAGACCGGCUCUUGGUGGAAAUAUCACAUCAGAAAUCAGAAUAGCGGAUUACACAGGACGGACGUUUUUGGGAAGGAA